AUGUCCGAGUCCGCCUCUAGCUUCCUCCACAUCGGAGACAUCGUGUCUCUGUUCGCGGAGGGCUCCGUGAGUGGCUUCAUCAGCACACUGGGUUUGGUGGACGACCGGUGUGUGGUGGAGCCCAACGCUGGAGACCUGGAAAACCCUCCCAAGAAAUUUAGAGACUGUCUGUUUAAGGUCUGUCCCAUGAGCAGAUACUCGGCUCAGAAACAGUUCUGGAAAGCCAAACAGGCCAAACACGAGAAGGACAAGAUCGGAGACGGCGUCCUGCUGCAAAAACUACAGCAUGCAGCAAAUCUGGAGCAAAAGCAAAAUGAGACGGAAAACAAGAAAGUCCAUGGAGACGUGGUGAAAUACGGGACUGUGAUCCAGCUGUUGCACAUGAAGAGCAACAAGUACCUGACGGUGAACAAGCGUCUGCCCGCUCUGCUGGAGAAGAACGCCAUGAGGGUCACCCUGGACGGCACCGGCAACGAGGGCUCCUGGAUGUUCAUUCAGCCCUUCUGGAAACUACGAGCCACUGGGGAUAAUGUGGUGGUCGGAGACAAAGUGAUUCUGAAUCCAGUCAACGCCGGACAACCUCUGCAUGCGUCAAACUACGAGUUAACAGACCACCCAGGCUGCAAGGAGGUGAACUCUGUGAACUGCAAUACCAGCUGGAAGAUCAAUCUCUUCAUGAUGUUCAGUGACCACCGAGAGGAAGUACUAAAAGGGGGAGAUGUGGUGCGGUUGUUUCACGCUGAGCAGGAGAAGUUUCUCACCUGUGACGAGUACAAAAGCAAACUCCACGUGUUCCUGCGGACGACGCUGCGGCAGUCGGCCACGUCUGCCACCAGCUCCAAUGCAUUGUGGGAGAUUGAGGUGGUUCAUCAUGAUCCCUGCAAAGGAGGAGCCGGACACUGGAACAGUCUGUACAGGUUCAAACAUCUGGCCACAGGGAACUACCUGGCUGCGGAGGAAAACCCCGGAUACAAAGGAGACGUGGAGCUCUCUUCUUCUAUGGACGGCGGCCGCAGUAACAAGCGUUCUCACGGAGAGAGGAUCAAGUACAAACUGGUGGCGGUUCCUCACGGGAACGACAUCGCUUCUUUGUUUGAGCUGGACCCGACCACGCUGCAGAAGACCGACUCCUUCGUCCCCAGAAAUUCGUACGUGCGCCUGAGACACUUGUGCACAAACACGUGGAUUCAGAGCACCAACGUUCCCAUUGACAUCGACGAGGAGCGGCCAAUCAGAUUAAUGUUGGGGACAUGUCCGACCAAAGAGGACAAAGAGGCCUUCGCCAUCGUGUCCGUUCCUGUGAUGGAGAUUCGAGACUUGGACUUCGCCAACGACGCCUCGGCCAUGUUGAGUGCCGUGGUCGAGCAGUUCAACCAGGGCUUCAUCAGCCCCAACGACAGGAGGUUUGCGGUGAAGCUUUUGGAGGACCUUGUCUUCUUUGUGGCUGACGUUCUGAACAGCGGACAGCCGGUUCUGGAUGUGCUCAUGACCAAACCGAACCGAGAGCGGCAGAAGCUGAUGAGAGAGCAGAACAUCCUCAAACAGGUCUUUGGACUCUUAAAGGCCCCGUUUAAAGACCGGGGCGAAGGGGAGGGUCCUCUGCUGCGUCUGGAGGAACUAUGUGACCAGAAGAACGUGCCGUAUCAGUACAUGCUCCGACUGUGCUACCGAGUCCUCAGACACUCACAGGACGACUACCGCAAGAACCAGGAGCACAUUGCAAAGCAGUUUGGAGUGAUGCAGAGUCAGAUCGGAUACGACAUUUUAGCAGAAGACACCAUCACGGCGCUGCUGCACAACAACAGAAAACUCCUGGAGAAGCACAUCACCAAGACUGAGGUGGAGACCUUUGUCAGUCUGGUCCGAAGGAACCGAGAGCCCAGGUUUCUGGAUUACCUGUCGGACUUAUGUGUGUCGAUCAAUGUGGCCAUCCCAGUGACCCAGGAGCUCAUCUGUAAAUGUGUUCUGGACCCAAAGAACCAAGAUAUCCUCAUCAAGACUGAACGGCGGGUCCCGAAGGAGACGCACCCUGGUGGUGGAACAGGGGAGUACAUGGACGACUUUGGAGAUGAAGAUGAGGUUUGGUUAAUGUGGAUUGAUAAAUCGAAUGAACGGCAAGAGAAGAGCAUCAGACAGUUAGCUCAGGAGGCGCGACAGGGAAACGCUCACGACGACAACGUGCUAACCUACUACAGAUACCAGUUGAAGCUGUUCGCCCGCAUGUGUCUGGACCGGCAGUACUUGGCCAUCCAUGAGAUCUCCAAACAGCUGGAUGUGGACCUCAUCUUUCUGUGCAUCAUGGAUGAGACGCUGCCCUUCGACCUGCGAGCGUCCUUCUGCAGACUCAUGCUUCACGCUCACGUGGACCGAGAGCCUCAGGAGCUGGUCACUCCCGUCAAGUUUGCACGACUGUGGACGGAGAUUCCCACCGCAAUCUCCAUCAAAGAUUACGACUCAAAUAUGGACGACAGCCGAGACAACAAGAAGAAUCGAUUCUCCAACACCAUGGAUUUUAUGGUGGAAUAUCUCAACAAUGUCCUGAACGACGAUCUGCCGUUCCACAACGAGGAGAAGAACAAACUCACAUACGAGGUGGUGAGUUUGGCUCGACACUUGAUCUACUUCGGAUUCUACAGUUUCUUUGAGCUUUUACGAUUGACCAGGACUUUAUUAGGAAUUAUUGACUGUCGACCGAACCCUGCGCACGGUGGACCCAUGUUUCACGAGGAGUCUGCAGGCAAAAAUGUAAAGAGGUCCAUCCACGGCAUGGGGCAGAUUAUGUCCACGAUGGUACUGAGCAGGAAACAGUCCAUGUUUAGCGGUGGACAGAGGGGGGCGGGGCUUGCACUUGAAGGACAGAGAGGCAAAGACAGCAUCGAGAACAUGGACCUGACUGUGAUGGACACCAAGCUCAAAAUCCUUGAGAUCCUUCAGUUCAUUCUAAACGUACGCCUGGAUUACCGGCUCUCGUUCCUUUUGUCUGUCUUUAAAAAGGAGUUUGUAGAGGUUUAUCCAAUGGGUGAUGCUGAUGCGACUACCAAUUUGGAGACGGCAGCCUCCAUUAAUCUGCUGCAGAUUGGAGAACAGGUGGAAGCCAUGUUUGGAGUCGGAAAAGGGAACAGUGUGUUGGAGGUGGAUGACGAAGGCGGCAGGAUGUUGCUGCGUGUCCUGAUCCAUCUCACCAUGCACAACUACCCCCCCCUGGUGUCCGGGGCGCUGCAGCUGCUCUUCCGACACUUCAGCCAGAGACAAGAGCUGCUGCACACCUUCAAACAGGUGCAGCUGCUGAUCACGACGCAGGACGUGGAGAACUACAAACUCAUCAGAGUGGAUCUGGACGAACUGCGAACGCUGGUGGAAAAAUCUGAAUUGUGGGUCGAAAAAAAGAACUCGGGAGAUAAGAAAGAGAAAGGAGGGGACAAGAAGAAGGAAGAGAAGAAGGAGAAAACAGAGGGGGCAUCAGAGGAGCCUGUCGUGAAGAAGGACAAAACGGAGAAGACAAAUGAUAGCUACCAGAAGGUCAAAGAGAUUUUGGAGCGGUUGAACAGAAUGUGCAGCAGUGGAGUUUGGAAGAAGCAGCAGAGACUCCUGAAGAACAUGGGAGCCCACAAAGUCAUGCUGGACCUGCUCCAAGUGUCGUAUGACAAGAACGACGUGAAGAUGCAGGAGAUCAUCCGCUACACCCACCAGUUUCUGCAGAGGUUCUGUCAGGGAAACCACGAGAACCAGACCCUGCUGCACAAGAACCUCAGCCUGUUCCUGAACCCCGGGCUGCAGGAAGCGGAGACCGUGCGCCACAUCUUCAGCAACAACUACCAGCUCUGCUCUGAGAUCUCCGAGAGCGUCCUCCAGCACUUCAUCCACUGCCUCGCCACUCACGGACGCCACGUGCAGUACCUCAACUUCCUGCACACCAUCAUCAAAGCCGAGGGGAAAUACGUGAAGAAGUGCCAGGACAUGAUUAUGACUGAGCUGACUAACUCUGGAGAAGAUGUGGUGGUUUUCUACAACGACAAGACGUCCUUCAACACGAUGCUGCAGCUGAUGAUCGAGAGCCGAGAGGGCGUGAUGGAGACCAGUCCACUCAGGUACCACAUCUCUCUGGUGGAGCUGCUGGCCGCCUGUGCUGAGGGAAAGAACGUCUACACGGAAAUAAAAUGCACCUCACUGCUGCCCCUAGAGGACGUGGUGAGAGUGGUCACCCACGAGGACUGCAUCACGGAGGUGAAAAUAGCCUACGUGAACUUUGUGAACCACUGCUACGUCGACACCGAGGUGGAGAUGAAGGAGAUCUACACGUCCAACCACAUCUGGAAACUCUUUGAGAACUUCACCGUGGACAUGGCUCGGGUGUGUCACCAGCGUGAGAAGCGUCUGACCGACACAGUCCUGGAGAAGUACAUCAUUAACGUGGUCUUCGACACCAUCACAGCGUUCUUCAGCUCUCCCUUCUCUGAGAACAGCACCAGUUUACAGACCCACCACACCAUCGUCACGCAGCUUCUGCAGUCGUCGGUUCGACUCCUGGACUGCCCCUGGCUCCAGCAGCUGCACCGCGCUCAAGUGGAAACCUGCAUCAAGACUUUGGCCAUGACAGCCAAAAGCCGCUCCAUUCCCAUCGCUCUGGACCUCGAGGCUCAGAUCAACUCCCUGCUGUCGACCUCAGCCCUGAACUCUCUCUCUCGCUCCAAUCCAAACUACAAGUCGUCUCGCGCGACUCGCCUCGUUCCCCCGAGCAACCCCUGGGACUACAAGAACAUCAUCGACAAACUGCAGGCCAUGAUCAACACUCUGGAGCAGCGGCUCAAGCCUCUGGUGAACGCAGAGCUGUCAGUGCUGGUGGACGUCCUGCACCAACCUGAGCUGCUGUUUCUGGAGGGAACCGACGCCAGACACCGCUGUGAAUCUGGAGGGUUCAUAUCCAAGCUGAUCCAACACACUAAAGCUCUGAUGUCGUCUGAGGAGAAGUUGUGUAUUAAAGUUCUCAAGACUCUGCAGGAAAUGCUUCAUCGUAAAUUUGACUUCGAUGAAAAGGGAUUCUCUUUGAGGAAAGUUCUUCUACAAAACUAUCUUUUUCCAUCAAAAAAGAACAAUCCCAAAACUGACUUGGCCGAGCUCCUGUCGAUAGGUCCAGAGCAGGAGAAAGACGGGGCUGCGGUGGCAGCGACUCAGUGUCGGCUCGAUCGAGAAGGAGGAACCAAACUGUUCGCGGACUUAGUCAUGAGCACCAAGAACGAGAAGAUCUUCCAGGAGAGCAUCCAGCUGGCCAUCUGUCUGCUGGACGGAGGAAACACAGAGAUUCAGAACUCUUUCUACAAGCUGAUGAUGGGAGAUAAUAAGUCAGAGAAGUUCUUCAAAGUCCUGAAUGAUCGAAUGAAGGAGGCGCAGACGGACAUCAAAGCCACUGUGUCCGUGAACGUGGGAGAGAUGAGCCACAAGGCCAACGAGAAGGAGCUGGACCCAGGUUCCCCCACAGGGAUGGCUCUUCCUGGACCCCUCCUGGUCCAGAACCAGGUCUCAGCUCACACUGAACCUCAGCAGACAGAGGUGGAGACAGAGAUGGGUCCAGCUGUUACCAUCAUGAAGCCCAUUUUACGCUUUCUCCAACUGUUGUGUGAAAACCACAACCACGACCUGCAGAACUUCCUGCGGUGCCAAAACAAUAAGACCAACUAUAACCUGGUGUGUGAGACGCUGCAGUUCCUGGACAUUAUGUGUGGCAGCACCACAGGGGGUCUGGGUCUACUCGGACUCUACAUUAACGAGAGCAACGUGCCGCUCAUCACCCAGACCCUGGAGACUCUGACUGAGUACUGCCAAGGGCCCUGCCAGGAGAACCAGACUUGUAUCGUGACUCAUGAGUCCAACGGCAUCGACAUCAUCACUGCUCUCAUCUUGAACGACAUCAGUCCCCUCUGCCGCUACCGCAUGGACAUGGUGCUGGAACUCAAGGACAAUGCGUCGAAGCUUCUGCUGGCUCUGAUGGAGAGUCGACACGAUAAUGAAAACGCAGAGAGAAUCCUGUUCAACCUCAGACCGAGAGAGCUGAUGGAUGUGAUAAAGAAGCUGAACCAGCAGGACCCAGACUGUGAGGGUGAAGUUUCCCCUCAGGACGUGGGCCAUAACAUCUAUAUCCUGGCCCAGCAGCUGGCGCCACACAACCUGGUGCUUCAGGGACUUCUGAAGCCUCAAAAGAGACAGCAGGAAGGCGACGACAGCCUCAGCUCCAUGUUAAACUUGAACAACCGGCCUCUGUCGCAGAUGUUGAAAUCUAGCGGCCCCCCUGUUGUGGUGGAGCAGGACCCUCUGGACUAUUACGACCAAAUCACAUCCCAGAUUGAGAUUGUGCGUGAAGACCGCAGCAUGGAGAAGAUUGUGUUCCCGAUUCAUCCCAUUUGUGAGUUUCUGACGGAGGAGUCGAAGGUCCGGGUCUUCAACACCACGGAGCAGGACGAGCAGGGUUCAAAGGUCACGCACUUCUUCGAGCAGACCACUUUCCUGCACGGAGAGAUGGAGUGGCAGAAGAAGCUCAGGAGCAUGCCGGUGCUGUACUGGUUCUCCCGGAGGAUGACUCUGUGGGGUGCCAUCUCCUUCAAUCUCGCUGUUUUUAUAAAUCUCAUCAUUGCCUUCUUCUACCCAUACGACGCAGGACAAGGUUCCAUUGAUGACUCUGUCCUCCUGAUGGCUUUCUGGAUCCUGGCCGGGGUCACGGUCUUGGCUCUCCUGGCUCAGAAGUACGGACUGCGGCUGUUGACUCUGGCGCUGAUCCUGCGCUCGGUGUAUCACCUCGGUAUCGCCAACACCCUGAUGCUGCUCGGCUCGCUCAAUCUGCUGAACAAGGUGGUGUUUGUGGUGAGUUUCGUGGGGAACAAUGGAACCUUCAUCAUGGGCUACACGGCCAUGAUUCUGGACGUGGAGUUCCUGUACCAUCUGGCCUACGUCCUCACCUCUACGCUGGGUCUGUUUGUGCACGAGCUCUUCUACAGCAUCCUCCUUUUCGACCUGAUCUACCAAGAGGAGACUCUGCUGAAUGUGAUCAAAAGUGUGACUCGAAACGGUCGGUCCAUUCUCCUCACGGCGCUGCUGGCUCUCAUCCUGGUCUAUCUGUUCUCCAUCGUGGGGUUCCUGUGUCUUAAGGACGACUUCAUCAUGGAAGUCGACCUGCUGCUGCCGCAAAUCACUCAAGCUGCAGCGGGGCAGAGUGAGGACUUCAUUCGGUCUUGUUCUCCUGAUGACGUGGGCUGCAGCUUGGAGACCUCUUCUCUGACGCUGGAUAACGGGGAGGAGGAAGAAGCGAACACCGAGCGGGCCUGCGACACUCUGCUCAUGUGCAUCGUCACCGUCCUGAACCACGGCCUCAGGAACGGAGGCGGCGUGGGAGACGUUCUGCGAAAGCCCUCCAAGAACGAGCCUCUGUUCCCCGCCCGGGUGGUGUACGACCUGCUCUUCUACUUCAUCGUCAUCAUCAUCGUCCUCAACCUGAUCUUUGGUGUGAUCAUCGACACGUUCGCAGAUCUGAGGAGCGAGAAGCAGAAGAAAGAAGAGAUCCUCAAGACCACCUGCUUCAUCUGUGGUUUGGAGAGAGACAAGUUCGACAAUAAAACAGUUUCCUUUGAGGAGCACAUCAAACACGAGCACAACAUCUGGAACUACCUGUACUUCAUCGUCCUGGUGCGAGAGAAGAAGAAGACGGACUACACCGGGCCCGAGAGCUACGUGGCUCACAUGAUCAAGAGCAAUAACCUGGACUGGUUCCCUCGGAUGCAGGCCAUGUCUCUGGUGGUGACGGACGCAGACGGAGAACAGAACGAGAUGAGAAUGCUCCAGGACAAACUGGCCUCAACCAUGAAGGUGGUCACGACUCUGACCGGUCAGCUCAACGAACUGAAGGAGCAGAUGACAGAGCAGAGGAAGAGGAGGCAGAGGAUGGGUUUUGUGGACGGAGCCACACCUGGACCUCCGAGUGCCGCUGGAGGGAACCAUCAGAUCUACAAGUCCUGA